CCUACUAACUGUGAGAGAGAGAGAAAGAAAGAGAAAGAGAAAGAGAAAGAGAAAGAGAAAGAGAAAGAGAAAGAGAAAAUGAUGAGGUUAAGGUCAAAGCGGUUCUCCAGAAGCAAUUCUAGGGUUGGCGGCGGCGGUGGAGUAAGCCCCGGCGCCACCAUCGGCCGCGGAGAAAUCAAAUGGGAACUUAGGCCCGGCGGCAUGCUUGUCCAAAAAAGAGAAAGCAAAGAAAAUUCCGGCGAAGAGACGAUGAUCACCAUUAGAGUCUCAACCGUCUCUAAAUGGCAUGAUAUCUCAAUUCAAGCCACUUCCACAUUUGGUGAAUUGAAGAUUCUGUUAUCAAUAUUGACGAAAUUGGAGCCCCACGAGCAAAGAUUGCUAUUCAAAGGAAAAGAGAGAGAGGAUGAUGAACACUUGCACAUGGUAGGUGUAAGAGAUAAGGACAAAGUGCUAAUGUUAGAAGAUCCGGCUAUCAGAGAGGGCAAGCUACUCGGGUCGGGCCGGACCACCCGGGUCAUCGGAGCCCCUUAUCGCACUAUUAGUGUCUAAUUAAGUAACACUAGUAUUACUAUUAAUGAAGGCUUACAUGUUUUUCUUCUAUUGUUUUCAUGAUCAACUAACUAUAAAACAAGCUAUUAGUAUUUGUUAAAAUGUAAUGAUGCGUGUUUGUGUGGGGUGUUUGUAAAAUGAUGAAUGUCUAAGUCAUUUUGAAUUAUAGUUAUAGGGUAUAUGUUCUACUUCUAUGUACCAGAAAUGAAUCAAUGAUAUUAGUUCCUCUUUCUCUUUGUUCUGUAAAGAGGUUCUUACUCA